AUCUGCUCGCUCCUAUGGCAGUUACUAUUAACUUUUCAGGCGAACGCUUUCCCCACAAACAAUGUCUGCCGCGGUUUGAUGGUGGUUUGAUGGAGUGAGAUGACGCUGUUUUGGAAAUGUGAAAGUUUAAAUAACUUUUUCCUUCAAUGGGUUGAAGUAUGUGGAGUCGCUUUGGGAGGGAAAUAACGGUGCACGUCGUUAGCUGACUGUUAGCUUCUCAGCAACAGGUUUACCGGUUGACCAGCUAGUUAAUGGGCUCGGUCAUGGAGCGCGCUUCUUUCUCUGAAUAUUCCUGGAUCGACUUCAUCUUCUCUGUGAUCGGAGUCUGUACCUUCCUCGUAGACUGGGGCUCGGACAUUUGGGUGGCCACCGAGUUUUACAGCCGCGGGGACUUCUUCUGGUUCGGGGUGCUGGUUGGCCUCAUGGUCCUGUCCUCGGUCGUGGUCCAGAUGUUCAGCUGGUUCUGGUUCAAGUACGACCGAGAGCUGCCGGGCUUCAGAGCUCAGACCGGAUCAGGGACCGUGCUGUUCGGGGACCAAAUGAAGCUCUCCUGCCUGUUACAUGUGCUGCAGCUGGGCUUCCUCUGCAGGCACAUCUCUGCCAUUCGUCAAGGCUUCAGGGUGUGGUGGCGUAAAGAGAAAGGCUCUGAGUACGCCGUGUACUUGACACAUGACCUGAGCAUGCUCAGACUCAUCGAGACGUUCUGCGAGAGCGCCCCUCAGCUCACUCUCAUGAUCUAUGUCAUGCUGCGCACCAACAAGGCCCAGACUGUUCAGUUUGUGAGCGUCGUUGCGUCGACCACCUCCAUCGCCUGGAUGGUGGUGGACUACCACCGCUCCCUGCGCUCCUUCCUCCCGGACAAAGCCAAGCAGGGCUGGUGUUCCUCUCUGAUCUACUUCCUGUGGAACCUGCUGCUAAUCUCUCCACGUGUGGCGGCCGUCGCCCUGUUCGCCUCUGUCCUGCGCGGGUACGUCGCCGCCCACUUCCUGCUGCUGUGGUUUGUCUUUGUGUUAUGGGCGUGGCGACAGAGGACUUGCUUCAUGGACAGCAUGGGGGGGGAGUGGCUCUACCGGGCCACGGUGGGGCUCAUCUGGUACUUCAGCUGGUUUAAUGUGGCGGAGGGUCGGACCAGGGGGAGGAGCCUGAUCUACCAUUCCUUCAUCGCCACUGAUGGACUGAUCCUGCUGGUGACCUGGUGGUUCUACAGAGACCCGGUCCAGACUGAGUCCUACGCCAUCGCUCUCAUCAUCACUCUACCUCUCUCCUACCUCGUGGGCCUGCUUUUCAAAGCCCUCUACUACUGCUGCUUUCACCCCAAACUGUGGAGGCCCCUGGCGAGGGACCCAGGACUGCCCGACGAUCUGCCCGACGCAGAAGUGUCCAUCAGAGACCUUUCCCUUCCAGAGCGCGCCCUGUCCUCCCAGCUCCUCAACAAACGCAUGGCCCGCCACGCUACUCACUUUUACUCAGAGCAGAGCGUCAUCACACAGACUGACAACACUAGACUGUGACGUCUGUGUCACACAGCCAGCUGUGUUCUGCUGAUACAUGUUAGUGUGUGGUGGUGAUGGAGUUCUGUCCGUCUCCAUCAGUCCAACUCUAUAGCCUGUUCUACGGUGGCCCAAGAGGUCAAACGCGCCGCAGCGGCCUGAAACACGAGCUGCAAAUUCAGAAAUGCUGCAGAUUCAAAAACACAUGAAACUCAAGAACAGAAACAAGCUACAGGAAGUUAAAACAAAACAAAACAAACACGCUGCAAAAACAGAAACCAUGCAGCAACAAGAAAACAUGAACCUCCAAAACUAAUGCAACAGAAAAGACGCUGAAUAUCCAGACAACACUACGUCAGACCUCCAGGCCUCCAGAGGGAGCUCUCAGUGAAACACACAUAGGCUGGAUGUAAGCUAAUGCUAACGCUAACACUUGCUACGUUUUCUGUUGCUCUUCUAUGAUAUAAAAAAGAACACAAACCUUUUUAUGUCGCCUCUUCUUUUCUCCCAUCAUCCUCUCUUGUUUGGUCUAAGGUCAAAG